GUACGCGUCAGUCACUUCCUCUAUUCUUAUUUCUGGAAUUGACAUUGCCGUUGUCAUAGCAACAGUGAUAGCUUAUGGAAAAGAAUGCUGCAAAAGCCAGAUUCGAAACAUUAGAAAAUUCUGCUUUACAGUAUAGAAUUUUAGAUGGUUGUGAACUCCAGUUACAUUCUGCUGCCUUAUCUGAAAGCACAUGCCAUUCACAAAACCUUAAAGAAUGGAUUUACAGAGAAGUGAUAGUCCAGAUGAGUACUACAGAGCUGUUCAUCAGCUCAAACAAUUUUUGUCUGAAAGUGAUAGUUCAGAUCAUCAGAUUUACAAAAGUGGAUUGAAGGAUUCUGGAAGGCAUGAUGCCACUUCAUCAGAAAACUCAGAGACAAAGUCACUUUCUGUCCGUAAAUCUCUUUUCAAAAGUCCACUGCCUCAUAAAAGUGGAUUUGUCAUUGAAGGAAAUAGUACAGAUUACAUUCUGACUGGAUGGAUUCAGAAGCAAAUAAUUUACAUCAAAGCUUUGGAAAAAGAAGUGGCAUUUUAUAGAAAACAGGUGCCAGGAAUAAUAAGUGAGACAAAAGUCAUAAUCUCCAAUGAAGAGUCAAAUAGAAUGGGGCAAGCCAAUGUAGUUACUCAAAGGCUAUUUUCACUGAUUGAUGCAAUAUCCAACGCCAAAUUGUCUGUCAGCCAUGAGAGCUGUGAAAUCGAAAGAAAGAAGCUAAUGCAAGAUUUAGCUACAUCUCAACAUCAGAUCCAAAUACUCACCCACCAAUGGGCAGAACACACCUGUUGGAAUGGGCAGGAUAAAUCAAAACUACCUGAAGACAUCACCAGGUAUGUUGUAUCAAAGGAAAAAUCGGAUCUGCUUAGCACGGUAAACUUGCUACGUUCCACAGUUUCCAGUUUACAGCAGCGAGAAGCGGAUGCGUUAGGACAAGUUCAGCAAAGUGUAGAAGUCGCUGAACAAGCUCAGUUAGAGCGUGUUCAGAUGGAGAACGAAGUUCGGCGUUUGGUUUCGUUGGUCGAUCAGCAUGAGCAGCAAAUGGCAACGCUUAAUGCAGAUCAUUCAAGGCGCCUGCAAGAAGAAAGAACCCGAUGGGAAACAAAACUGGCUGACCAAGUAAGCGCUCUAAAGCGAGAAAGAGAUUUGCGUGACGAGGCACUAACUCGCUUAUCACUGGACUUAGAGCAGUCCCAACGUAACGAAGCGGUCCUAAAAAAUGAAAUUCAAAUCAAGAGUAACCUGUUGGAAAGUAGCCGUCAAGACUUUCAGCGACAAAUCAGCCAAAUGCAGAGUGAACAAGGUCGUCUGGCUGGCCAGCAAGCAGAGCUACAAAGACGAUUGGGUGAAGCUGAACUUCGGGCCGAGUUGAAUUGCAAAGCGUCAGAGCAAGAAGCCAAUUCUGUUCGAGUUGAGUCUGAGUUUUUACGACGAAAAAUCGAGCUACUCAGCAAGGAGGCCGAAAAUCGGAAACAAGACUACGACAAAGCAAUCAAAGAAUUGGAGCAACGAAAUCUUGAGUUGCACUUAGCAGCAAGCCAACGAGAAGGUGAAAGGGUCCAAGCGGUCAAGUCUGGCUCUCAAGCUUCUUCGCUGGUCAAAUAUCUAGAACAACGCGAAGUCUCGUUACUUCAUUCCCUCCAAGAGGUCAGGAAAAAACACGAUGAAAAGUGUAGGGAAAUGACUAACAUCAUUGACGAGCAACGGUCUAUUAUUCAAACACUCAAAGAGGAAUAUGCUGCGUUGAUCGAAGAUUUUCAAAAGUCUUUGGUGACCGACGACAGUUAGCCGAUGGUCACGUUUCGUCGUCCCGGCAACUAUAACAACACGGCCUAACCCUUUGUGUUGCCCACUCCUUUUCUUUCUUCAUGUUAGCAUGUGCGAAAUGCGAAUGUCUUUCCGGCUAGUGACGCAUUAUCCGCCAGCAACACUGUUACCUAAUGGAAUAUUUUGGGGAAAAAAGAAUUCAGGUGACACGCAUGUGAUCCGAACUUUUGGCGUGUGACCGAAGAUGAGUCCAAAGGUGGUAAGGAAAGAUUUGUGAGUUAUGGCACACAAAAAUCGAUUCCCCAAAAGCCAUCCGCUGCGCCAAGUGGCGCUUUUUUUUUAGCUGUGUGAACUUGCAGCUGCGACUGGAGCUAAAACGUUUAGCUAUAAAUUAUCUUUAUCUCUAUUGCACCCACGCGUGCAAAUAUUCUGUUCUGAUGGCCCUUUGCUUUUUUAUAUGUUUUCUUUAUUACAUGUUAACGUGGUUCCCGAACGGCCAUUAGCGCACAAUGCAGUAAACAUAUUGUGUGUUUACAUUUCCGUCCUCUGAAUGAUCAGAAUUCUCAGCUGUCUGAAAGUAUAACUUGAUAAUUUGUCGAUAAUAGCAUGGAUCUCGAGUAAAAAAAACGAAAGUAGCCUUUCAGAUUUCAUUUCGUCCAUUGUUAAUAAUCUCUAAAUAAUUGACGAUUUAAAGAAUUGUGGCAAGUUGAAAACACAUUUUGUGUCGAACAAUAAACGAGUCCCUCCCCGACCUGCUCGGUCUUUACCUUUUUGUCGGUUCGGAUAAAUUUGUGUGGUUAUCUCUUGACGUAGUGCUGUCCGAUUCAAUAAAUACAGUUUGACCCUG